AUGGAACCCGUUCCUGAGACCGAGAGAAUGGAGGAGUUUCGACCCUCGCCUCUUCCCUCUCUCCGGAUCCAGAAUCCCGCUCUGCUGCCUGCCGUUGCUGCCGAGACCGAACCUCUGAGGAAACCGCCCACUUUGCGACGCCAGACCGAUCCGAGUCCCACCUCCCCGACCGCUCCGGCAUGGUCUCUGCCUCCUUUGCCUUACCGUCCCCGUACCACCUCGCCCCUCUCCGGACACCACAGAUCGAGAUCAGCUGCCGCGAAUCUGGCUCCUCCCAUGUCUCGCACACAGUCCAUGCCAGGCGUCAACGGUGCUGGCCACAUCCUCUUCUCUCCUCAAUUUCGUCCUGCGAGUCCCUCGGGCUCGCCCAGCCGCAUUCGAAUCCCACGGAAACCUGUUGACGAAUCCUUUCCCACAUCGCCAAUUCGCAGCUCCGUCUUAGAAUCAGACCGCAGAAACGCUGACUCAAACUCCUCCCCAAUGGCUGGUAACACGGCAUCUUCUGCAGUGCUGCCUCGUCACCGUCGCCCAUCUUCGCCCUUGAGAAACCCGGGACAUGCCAGCACCGGCUCGUUGCCAGCGCUGCCUUCCACCCCCACGUCCAUUGCGUCUUCACCUUCGUUCAGAGGCUACGAAGCCUUUUCGCACGGCUACGGCAUCCCGUCAUUCCCUUCUUCGUCUGUGCCAUCGACCCCUACAUCGACAAGGUCGAGGAGCCCUAGCAUCUCUAGCCUCGAAACGAUACCCGACUCUCCUGAUGCGGAGGAAGCGGCUAUGGAGGCCGAAAGAAUCGCUCAACUCAAAGCGGCCGCUGACGCCGCGGAGAGGGGCGGUGUAACAGAAGGCAGGGGAAGGGGUGGUCUUGACGUGCCAUCGCGAGGCAGGACACUCGGCUUCGGGUCAAGAGACAAGAGAAAGCGGUGGAGUGUCUGUGGUGCCGAACGACGGCAGGACCUUGACUUGGAGACAAUCUGGGAGGAUUAA